GUGUUUUUUCAAACCGUGCGUCCAACAAUACAUAAGAUAAAAAAACAGUGCCAGAUUUGGUGCAGAAAAUGUUUCCAAAUUUAUUGAAAACCGUUACAUUUAUGGGGCGCCACGUGAUAGGCAGGUCACUUUCUAGUGGCAAUCAAUUGGUCCCAUUGGAAUUAUCGUUUAAUGUCUACGAUAUGGUUCAAAGUGCUUCGCACGGUUCCCCAGUGUUAGUUCUCCACGGAUUGUUCGGUUCUAAAUAUAACUGGAACAGCCUUUCGAAAGCAUUCCACCAAAAGACCAAACCCACUAGGAAGAUAUACUCAAUAGACGCUCGGAACCAUGGCGAUAGUCCCCACUCGGAAGUCCACUCAUACGAUCACAUGGUCACUGAUCUAGUAGAACUUCACCGGAAACUCAAUAUCAAGAAGGCAUCAGUAAUCGGUCAUAGCAUGGGUGGUCGAGCCAUGAUGUUGCUAGCCUUAAAAUAUCCACAACUCGUAGACCGAGCCAUUAUAGUGGACAUCUCUCCCACCACCGGCCUAGGAACAAGUAACACCGAUAUUCCACUAUUUCUACAAUCGAUGCAACUCAUUCAAAUAGGUGCCGAUCAAACAAUCCACCAAGCACGGAAAAUCGCCGAUGAACAGCUGGCAAAAAUCAUCGACGCGAAACCUCUAAGGGACUUUCUCAUAACCAAUCUGGUUAAAAGUGAAUCCGAUGGUUCCUUUCGAUGGAGAAUUAAUCUAGAUGCCUUGGAGCAGAAUUUCACGACAGGUGUUGCCCGGUUUCCCGAUUGCAGUGCGAUGCAGUAUACUGGGCCGACUCUGUUUAUCGCCGGUGGAAGGUCUGACUACAUAAAGAAAUCAGAUAUCCCUACCAUCAAGCGGCUGUUUCCGAACUCAGAAAUCAAGGUGGUAGAAGGAGCUGGUCAUUGGGUGCACAGUGAAAAAUCGGCCGAGUUUGCCAAGCUGGUUCUAGACUUUCUCAAUGCCUGAAACUCGUAGAAAUGAAUUGUAAGACGUGAUAUUAGCAAAUUAUACGUUAUCGUGAGGCUUUUCUCCACUAUUAGA